ACAAGGCAAACAUUACACAAACAAACCAAACUAAAGGGUAAAAGAAAACACGACCACCAAGUUCCCUUUCAUCCCUCUCUAUAAGCAAAGCAAUCUUCUUAGAGAGAGAAAGAGAGCGAGAGAAGAUUGCUCCACUUCCUCAUCCUCUCCUUCCAACUUCCCUUCUCUCUCCCAAACAGUAGCAGCGCCUAUAAGCUUCCAACCCCCAACAACACAGCCAGAGGAAUUUCAUCAACAAAUUUUAUAUUAUCCUGUCUUUUUUGAGAAUAUAGAUUAGAUGGCAGUUACACCUUUUGGCAGUACAUCGGCUACUCAAUGGGGAAUUCGUCCUCAGAUUGUUGCCAGAUCCACCACAAUAGCCAAGUUUGCAUCAUCAAGACACAAUGCUACAAGCAGGAUAAGCUUUAUGGCUGCCCCAAGUUCAACCUUUUUUGCUCGGGAUUCCUUGCAUUUUAAUAUAGGUUCACAUCAAACUUUGCAUCGUCGAAGGGGAUCAAGGUUGAUAGUUAGAGCAGAUGCAGACUACUACACUGUCCUUGGGGUGUCAAAAAAUUCUACUAAAUCUGAAAUUAAGACUGCUUACCGGAAGCUAGCCCGAAAUUAUCAUCCAGAUGUGAACAAAGAUCCUGGUGCAGAAGAGAAAUUUAAGGAAAUUAGUAAUGCGUACGAGGUCUUGUCAGAUGAUGAGAAACGGUCCAUAUAUGACAAAUAUGGGGAGGCAGGGCUUAAAGGUUCACAGGGGUUUGGUGGGGGCAUGGGGGAUUUCAGCAACCCUUUUGAUCUGUUUGAGUCGCUAUUUGAGGGCAUGGAUGGUCGCAGCAGACAAUCUUGGGAUGGAGCAAUGAAUGGCGAAGAUGAGUAUUACAGUCUUGUUUUGAACUUUAAAGAAGCUGUUUUCGGAGUGGAAAAGGAGAUAGAGAUUAGGCGACUAGAGAAGUGUGGUACUUGCGAUGGUUCAGGAGCUAAACCAGGGACUAAAUCAUCCAGAUGUAACACAUGUGGUGGUCAGGGACGGGUUGUCACUCAAACAAGGACUCCGUUGGGUAUCUUUCAGCAGUCUAUGACUUGCUCGUCUUGCAAUGGGACUGGAGAAACUCGAACCCCUUGCAGUACAUGUUCUGGGGAUGGCCGGGUGAGGAAAACAAAGCGGAUAAGUCUCAAGGUUCCAGCCGGUGUGGAUUCUGGUAGCCGUUUAAGGGUCCGAAACGAAGGUAACUCUGGAAAGCGUGGUGGUUCUCCCGGUGACCUCUUUGUUGUUCUUGAAGUUAUCCCUGAUCCCGUGCUUAAACGAGAAGACACCAACAUUUUAUACUCUUGUAAAGUGUCUUAUAUUGAUGCAAUCUUGGGGACUACAAUUAAGGUUCCAACUGUAGAUGGAAUGGUGGAUUUGAAAAUCCCAUCUGGGACACAACCAGGAUCAACACUUGUUAUGGCAAAGAAAGGUGUUCCUCUACUGAAUAAGAAGAAUAUGAGGGGCGAUCAAUUCGUUCGAGUGCAAGUUGAGAUUCCUAAAAAACUGAGCAGCGAUGAGAGAAAACUGAUUGAGGAACUAUCGGAGUUGAGCAAAGGCAAGACUGCCGCCGGUAUGAGAUGAUAUUUCGUGGGAAGCUGGAACUUGUAUGUGACAUAAAUUUUAUUUUCCUUUUAUUAUGGAUGCUUCAUUUAUGACCUUGGUAUAUAUAGGUUGUCACUCCUUAUAGACAUAGGCGGAUUUGAAGAAAGAACAUAGGUUAUUACGUGCUUUCUGUGUCAUCUAUUGUUUGUUUUCUUGGAUUCUACAUUUUUAGUUAUAUCAUUGGAUGUUGAUUUUUGACAGCAUUGGAUUAUAUGCACCUAGACUUCUAGUCAAUGUUAUUCAUGAAGGGAAAAAAUAAAAACUUACUGUUGACUUA